UCAUCUGGAAUUUAACCCACAUAUACACGAAAAUUAGUGGCGGAGUAUGAAGUUUUAACAUUUCUUUAUCAAUGAGAGUUAAGUUAAAGAAAAAAGCUUAGAAAUUACGAAAAAAGUUAAUAGAAUAUAAAAAAAACCUAAAGCUUUUACGAUAUACUUGUUAAAUUUGUCCAGUUUGUAAGCAAAAACUCUGCUGGCUGCUACACAGCAAUCUACGUAAUCGAAACGCAGUCAUCAUUGACGACGCAUUUUAACUAGACAAGAAUUUAGUACGAUAAUAAACUCCGGAAUUUAAGGAACGAAAAGCGGUUCAUGAAGUUAAAUUAUAAAAAAUAUAAACAAUUACAACGCGUUUUGUAGUAAAAAAAGUGUUUUAUUUAUAUUUUUAAGAGUAAUAUUAAAGAGAAAAAGAGCGAAUGUCAAAACAAAUAUAUUAGUGACGUCAUUUAAUGAAUUUGUUUAAUAAAAAAACAAAAAAAGCAGCAACAGUGAAGGUCUUUAAAAUUUAGGCAAAUUACUAAAAAAAUCAAAACAAGUGUGUUUAAAUUAAUAAUUUAUACAAUAUGCAUAAUACACAAAAAGUUUUCGGGCAAAUUAGCCGAACUUUGUUAAAACAAAGCCUCCGUUUUGAAUUAAAUAAACAACCCCAACAAAAGUUAUUAACUUUAACUUGCCAUUUAGCAAAUACACCUGCUACACAGGACGAUGCUCAUACAAACAAAACACCUUCUUCUUGUGCUGUCAUUCCCGCCCAAAAUUAUUCAAAAUUUACUGCCGCUCGUGAGGGUUUACCUUUGGCCGGUACCCAAUUGAUAUGCGAGGAACGCGCUUUUGAUUUGAUCUCAAAUCUUAAGGAAACAGAAUUGGCUGCUAUUAAAUUGGCUUUAAAGAAACAUGAAGCUAAACAGCAGAAAUUAGGCUUUGAAGGAAAACUAGCAGCUACACAAUGGCGUACACGUUUUGGUCGUUUAUCUAAAGUACCCGCUUUGGGUGAAGUAGAUCCCACCGGAUCAUUUUGUGCCUUUCCAGAUGAUUGGUUGAAGAAGAAAGCCGCGGAAAAAGCUGCCAAUCCCUCUAGUUCGGAUUUAUGGAAAAUAUUCUUUGUAAAUGCUGUACCAUUUGUGGGUUUCGGUUUCCUAGACAAUUUCACCAUGAUUAUUGCGGGCGACUAUAUUGAACACAUAUUUGGCACUUUCAUGUGUAUAUCCACAAUGGCAGCAGCUGGUUUGGGCAAUACCAUAAGUGAUGUGCUGGGCAUAGGUUCCGCUUACUAUGUAGAACGAGGUUGUGAAUAUUUGGGUUUAAAACCACCCGAUCUAACACCCAUACAAAUGGAAAUGAAAUCUAGUCGUAGAGCAGCAAAUUAUGGUCGUAUUAUUGGUAUUACGGUUGGUUGUUUAGUAGGUAUGUUCCCCUUAUUGUUUAUGGAUCGCAAAGCCAUCGAAGAUGAACGCAAAGAAGAAGAACGUUUAAAAAAGGAGGAGGAGGAAAAACUCAAGAAUACAGAAGCUAAUUUAGUAACGGCUCAAUAGAUUUUAAAUGAAAACUCUUAAGUGUUGUUUAUUAAUUUUUUUUUUAAAUUAUUUUUCUUUAAAAUUUCUUUUUAAGUUUUUGUUAUAAUUUUAUGUGUAAAACUCAACGAUUUAAGUAGACGAAAAGUUAAAAAAACGCAUAAGCAAUAAAACGAUUUUAUUUUUAAGAAUUUAUUAACUUAAA